AUGGAUAUGCUUGUCCUAUAAUUCUUAUUUCCAUCUUUUUCAGGAAUGGAUAAUCAGACAGUGCUGGCUGUUCAGUCCUUGCUGGAUGGUCAAGGAGCAGUUACAGAUCCAUCUGCUCAAAAUGUCAAUGCAUCCAACACCAUCCAGUCCAUGGAUGAUGAGGAUGUGUUCUUGUGUGGAAAGUGUAAGAAGCAGUUCAACUCACUGCCAGCAUUCAUGACUCACAAGAGGGAGCAGUGCCAAGGAAAUACUCCUUCAUUGGCUACGGUCUCUUUGGCCACCAACAGUGUGUACACGCCAUCUAUCACAUCGGUGCAGCCAGCUCAGAGCGCCAAUCGACAGCAAAUUUCCACAUAUAUCACAGUUCCCCCAUCUCCUCUGAUCCAAACACUAGUGCAAGGAAAUAUCUUAGUCAGUGAUGAAGUACUGAUGUCAGCCAUGUCUGCUUUUACAUCCCUGGACCAACCAAUGCCCACAGUGCAGCCCUCUGUACAGAGCAGUUUGAGUAUGCACAGCGGAGCUGGAUAUCUUUCCCAGCCUCCCCCGCCUCCUCCACCCCCGCCUCCUCCCCCACCGCAGCCACCUCCGCCUACCCCUCAGACCCUGGGAGCACCAGGACAGCCAAGCACUGGUGGCAGUGGGGUGGUAGAGGUCUACAGCACGUCUGCCCCUAUGGCAGGAAAUGGCACAGUGGAGAUACAGACUCUGGGAAUGCAACCCUAUCCACCCAUAGAGGUUCCAAGCCAGUGUGUGGAAAGUGCAGUGUAUCCAUCUCCGCCAGUGUACAGCCCUGGGAAGCAGGGAUUCAAAUGCAAAAGCACCAACACUGCUGCUCCUUUGACCAAUGCAGGUGGGGGAAAUGUGGCGAGUUUUGAUUCCACCUCAGCUUCCAAAAGUAGGCGUUCCAAAAAUGAGAGCGGGCUGCAGGAAGGGAAACCUAAAUCCCCCAAACUGAAAUGCACUUACUGUGACAAGGCCUUCACCAAGAACUUUGACUUGCAGCAGCACAUCAGGAGUCACACAGGUGAGAAGCCUUUCCAGUGUAUUGUGUGUGGUCGAGCCUUUGCCCAGAAAUCUAACGUGAAGAAGCACAUGCAAACCCAUAAGGUGUGGCCUCCAGGACUUGGAUGCACCAUCUCCCGCAACUCUAUCACAGUGCAGGUCAUGGCACUGAAUCCCAACCAGCAGGAGGAUGAAGAGAAUACAGGUUUAAGCCAGGCAUCCAGGAACCCUCCGCAGCAUCCUCAGGCCAUGGCCUCUGUAGAAGAGAGUGAGGCUGGCAAAUUGGAGGCCAAACAGGUUGUUUUGAUUGACAGCUCUUAUCAGUGCCAGUUCUGUCCCGGUAAAUUCAACACCUACUUCCAGCUCAAAUCACAUAUGACACAGCACAAGAAUGAGCAGGUGUACAAAUGCGUGGUGAAAAGCUGCGCUCAGACAUUCCAGAAGCUGGAGUCCUUUCUAGAGCACAUCAAGAGCCACCAGGAGGAGCUAAGUUAUCGCUGCCAUUUGUGCAGCAAGGACUUCCCCUCCCUGUAUGAACUGGGUGUCCACCAGUACUCCCACAGCCUGCUGCCCCAGCACAGCCCCAAGAAGGACAUGGCCGUAUACAAAUGUGUCAAGUGUGUAAAUAAAUACUCCACCCCAGAAGCCCUGGAGCACCAUCUGCAGACAGCAACGCACAACUUUCCCUGUCCUCACUGCCAGAAGGUGUUCCCUUGCGAGCGGUACCUACGACGGCAUCUCCCCACGCAUGGAGGGGGUGGCAAAUUCAAGUGCCAGAUCUGUAAGAAAUUUUUCCGCCGGGAGCACUACCUCAAGCUACACGCCCACAUUCACUCGGGUGAAAAGCCCUUCAAGUGCUCAGUAUGUGAAGCAGCUUUCAAUCGGAAAGAUAAACUGAAACGACACAUGCUUAUCCAUGAGCCUUUCAAGAAGUAUAAAUGUCCCUUCUCAAGUCACACGGGAUGUAAUAAAGAGUUCAACAGGCCAGACAAGCUGAAAGCUCAUAUACUCUCCCAUUCAGGGAUGAAGAUUCACAAGUGCCAGUACUGUAACAAGUCCUUCAGCCGGCGGGCUCACAUGGUGGAACAUCAGUGCUCACACACUGGCAACUACAAGUACCGCUGCCCCACCUGCAGCAAGGGUUUCACACGCCAGAAGUACAUGAAGGACCACAAGUGCCGUCUGAGCUCGCCCAAGGACAAAGAGCUGCAGCUCAGGAAGCCCCAAAAGAAGCGGGCAGCUCGUGGGCGGAAGAUGGGCCUUCCUUUUCCCAACCAGCUAGCCCUGGCAGAGCUGAAGGACAAUGGACAGGCAGAGAGCCCCCAGGAGGGUGGCCCCAACAAAGAUCAGUUUCAGGAGUCAGAUGCAGUCCUGUCCAUUGUGGUUGGUGGGUCAGCAGCUGCAGAUUCAGACCUGGUUGUCCCUGGGCAGCCCAGCAGUAUCACAUCCAAUCUUGCCCUGGCAGAGCUGCAGACUGGCAUGGAGGGUCCGUGCACCAUGCUGGCUGUCCCUGUUUACAUUCAGACUACUGAGUGAUAACACUGUGCCCUCUGUGUGCUUAGUGUGGAAUUAGGUGAGGUUCCUGCUUUCUUCACUCAGGAAAUCCUGCUGGAGAAGACAGAUGCAUGGGGCUGAAGUUUCCAUGUCAGUGAUAUGGGAACCAGAACUCUUAGGGAUGGGAGUGGGUAGCAGAGUGAAUGGCCUUCAUCACCACCUACUCUUCCCUUAUGCAGGCAAAUAAUUCCUUGGGUGGCAUCAAUAGCUACCAGGCACAUAGGAGAAUAGGUACAUUUUCUUGGCUAUGUUCAGCACUUGUCGGUGCAGGGUAAGAAUAACCAGGAAUCUUGAAAGGCGGUGGGAAGAACAACAGAGGCCAUUGCAAUGAACUCUAAAUGCUUCCAUGGGCAGAGGACUUUGCAAAUCAUAGGCUGUCCUUUUCAUGGUUUUAUUUUAAAAGCUGUAUUGCCCAGUACUAAGGUGUCCUUUUCAGGUGCAAACAAAUGAUCCUUCCUACUGGAAUCAAGUUCAUACCUUUGGGACCACUGGUCAGAAACAUUCAGAGUAGAUUCCUCUCAUCUAUCUAUAUCAGCAGAAAUCCCACAUUGUCUGUACCAUGUAUAAACAAAUGGGGCCUGAUGCGUAUUGCUCCCCCUGAUGUCAGGGAGUGAGGAGCCAGCUGUGCAUUGUGUCCUGGGUUUUGUGUCUGAACUGCAUGUAUGUGUAUGUUCUUGUCUUCUGUUUGAAGUUCUUCCAUGGCAAGUUUUUAUCCAAGGACCUCAAAGUGCCUUUGACACAAAUGAAUUCCUCUUCACAGCAGCUAAAUAUCCCCACCGAGCAGCUGGGGAAGCAGGCACCCAAAUGGCAUGUGAACUGUCACAGGAAGUCUGCAAUAGAGCCAGGAGCUGAAUCCACAUUUCCUAGCAUUGAAUCCACUAGUCUAAGCACAGCACUAUACACCUUAAUACUUUCCAUGCAUAAUAGCUGUAAUAAUAGGUUGACCAAAAUCCUAAAUCAGCUCCAAGCCAUUGGCCACUGGUUGGAAGUUCAGUCUGUCACUAACAAACUGUCUACCAAUGUAUACAUUAGGUAAGAGAGUCCUCUUAGGGGCUGAUGUCUCUACCUUCAAUCCAGCCUGAGUUCUUUGGCUGCCCAAGCAGCGGAUCUCCUGAUCUAUUGCUAGAGGAGUGAUCCUAAUUUGGCAAAGGUAUUGUUCUUUAUGCCUUAUCCCUUCCACAAUACAAGUUGACAUGGAUGAUCCUAGAAAUCUUGCUGUUCAUGCUAUGCCCUAUAAGUGAGGAUGAAAUGUUGGAAGAUCCCCUGAUCUAGUUGACUGUGACCCUGUUUGUAUCCAGCACCCAUCAUAAUGAAGAUACCUAAGCAAGAAACUCCCAGUCCUGAGUAAUCUAAACUGGGAUUAGAAAAAUUAGAAGAAUGUGGUGUAGGAGAUAAUCUUGCCUUGGCCCUUGGGCCUGGGCAAGGUGGGAGGCAAGAGGUUUUUUCCAGUUCUCUGAUACAAAUUUCCCUUCCUUGUGAUCAGGAUCCUGCCUGUGGCAGGUAAUAAAACAUUGUUGUUUGCUAUAUUUUUUAUUGUUUCCUUGGAACUGAUUUGAUGCAGCAUUAAUGGGGGCAGAAUGGCUGCAGCAGAAGGUUACAAACCUCUCUAGUCAGUGCUCUGUGUACCCAGGUUAGACACCAUAUGCUCAGUUGCCUGCUCCAUUUCCUUGCAGUAGUAGAACCUUUUCCUCAGAGGGCAAGAGAGUUUCUCCCCCUUCCUUAUAAUUUCUAUGAUUUGCAUUGGUAAGCAUGAAAAGGACUUCCCCUUCUAUCCUCCCCGUCUUAGAGACGUUUAGUGCAGGUAGAUGUCAAAAUAUGAAUUAAUGUACAUUAAGCAUCAUUUAAUGCUGGGGAGAGGGACCAUUAUUGAAUUCCCUGGAACAGAGUCAGGCAGCAUGCAGCCUACUAACCAGUGGAGCUGCUUCUGAAGGCAGGUUCAAUCUCCCACUCAAACUUCAGCCUCCCUGCUCAUUCUGACAAUGUGGUUAUUUGCCACAGGCAGGGCCCAAUCCUUAGGAAGGGACAUUUGAAUUGCAACAGCAAAAACCCCUCACCCGCCAUCUCAUCCAUCUUCACCACAUUCCUCUCUGCCUUUGCAAAUCCUGAGUCAGAUUAUUCAGAGGCUGGAGCUUCCUUGGAUAUCUCCUCUGUGGUGGUGUUUGAAUACAGAGCCAAGUUUCACUGAACUGGCAGAAUAUUUUCAAACAAGUCUUGGCUUAAUUUGUGCUGCAGUGUGCUGAAGGACAGGGAAUGUUGCAUUUCCAAUCAUUCCUGACUUACUUUGGUCACAAUGAGCCUGAAGUGUUGCAGGAUUCUCAUUGUGGGAAUGUCUGGUGUUAAGAAAACUGUUUAGCAGUGGGGUCAGUUCCCUUUCUUUGUCCCUGCCUGGUCUGACACACAGGAAGCGUUUGUGAAAGUUUUUGAAGGAAUGAAGCAGUUUCUGGCAAAUGGAACAGCAAGAACAUCACUAGCUAGCUGACAACAAACAUCCAGUUCUGUGGGCAUCAGCCUAUUCCCAAAAGUAGUCAAGGGAAAUCUUUCCUGACUCCUUACAGUGUAUUUUGCUAAAUUAAGAGCACCAGUUCACAGAAGUUAGAGAAGCAAACACUGAUGGCCUUCAUGGUUAUUCCAGACAAUGCUGAUCUGGGGCUGUGUCCAAUCUCCUGAAUACCAUGGUGGUGAGGACUCUUUAACUCCCUUUGCAAGACUGUAGUUCAGUCUAAUACAUCCUCCCUGUCAGGCUGUUUCCACCUACCAAAAUCCCCAGAAGCUAUUGCUCAGUUUCAUCUUCCUGAAACAUUCUCCCAUUCUCUGGGAUUCUGAAUGACAGCUAGCAUGGCCUCAUUGCAGGCAGGUCUUGUCUUACUAACGUCAUCUCUGUUUAUGAUUAGGUAACUCGCCACCUGGAUAAGACAGAGGAGGUUU